AUGAAAACCGUACGGAAAUUCGCCUACUCCCACAGCUCUUUGAACCCAGACGAACAUCUAUCUAUCUAUCUAUCUAUCUAUCUAUCUAUCUAUCUAUCUAUCUAUCUAUCUCAUCCUGUACAUUAUCUAUGUAUCUAUCUCAGCCUGUUCAUAUCUAUCUAUCUAUCUAUCUAUCUAUCUAUCUAUCUAUCUAUCUAUCUAUCUAUCUCAGUCUGUUCAUAUCUAUCACACAUUGUUCAUAUCUAUCUGUAUAUCUAUCUAGCUGGCUUGCUCACUCAGUCUGUUCAUAUCUUUUUCUCUAUCUAUGUAUGUAUAUGUAUGUAUGUAUGUAUGUAUGUAUGUAUGUAUGUAUGUAUCUAUCUCUCUAUCUAUCUAGAAGUAUGUAUUCAGAUUUUCCCGCCUGACCGUUUUCCUGGUUAUCUAUCUAUCUAUCUAUCUAUCUAUCUAUCUAUCUAUCUCAAAGUAUUUCCUUAUGAAUUCCGAUAUUCCCGCCUGACCGUUUUCCUGGUUAUCUAUCUAUCUAUCUAUCUAUCUAUCUAUCUAUCUAUCUAUCUAUCUAUUCUACAUACAUUUGUCGCUGUUCAUAUCUAUCUAUAUACCAACCUAUCGAUCUAUCUACAUAUAUUUGUCGCUAUUCAUAUCUAUCUAUCUAUCUAUCUAUCUAUCUAUCUAUCUGUCUAUCUAUCUAUUUAUUCAUCUAUCUUUCUCGCUGUUCAUAUCUAUAUAUCUAUCUACAUAUAUUUAUUGCUGUUCAUAUCUAUAUAUCUAUCUACAUAUAUUUGUUGCUGUUCAUAUCUAUAUAUCUAUCUACAUAUAUUUGUCGCUGUUCAUAUCUAUCUAUCUAUCUAUCUAUCUAUCUAUCUAUCUCGCUGUUCUAUCUAUCUACACAUAUUUGUUGCUAUUCAUAUACCUAUCUAUCUACACAAAUUUAUUGCUGUUCAUCUAUCUAUCUAUCUAUCUAUCUAUCUAUCUAUCUAUCUAUAUUUGUUGCUGUUCAUAUACCUAUCUAUCUAUCUAUCUAUCUAUCUAUCUUUGUUGCUGUUCAUAUAUCUAUCUAUCUAUCUAUCUAUCUAUCUAUCUAUCUGA